GGAGCCCAGACUGGUGUGUGGGAAUGUGCCGGGCACUGUAUGGAAAAAAGAAGACCAUAUCAGCAAUUUCUUGGAAUUUCCAUACUGUAACUUGUCAGUGCUUUGAGAGUAGUUCCGAUAUCUAUUCGAAGAUAGAUGUUUUACAGUUAUCGGGAUCAUACCGAUUUUUAUAUAGGCUAUCUAUCCUGUGGCUGUUCUACUGUGCGAGCAUGAAGUGACAUAUUCCGCACCAUAUCACGUUUGAGCAAACAGGAUCCCAGCCCGCAAAAGCCGGGUCGUGUGUCUUGCAAGACAACAGUUGAAGACCUGAGGAUUUGCAUUAAGGCUGGCCGGCGUGGGGAGGGGCAGUGAGGAUGGCUGAGCCGCGGCACCAGAGCAGCAGCAGCCUGCAGAGGAAGAAGCCGCCAUGGCUGAAGCUGGACAUCCCGCCCACUCAGGUGUCAUUGGACGAGCCCCCCACCUUCAUCCAGCCUGUGAAGCGGCAGGGCUUCCUACGCAGUAUCAGCAUGCCGGCAGACAACACGCACCUCGGCUCCCCGGCCUGUGAGCCCCGCGAGCUCCGUGAGCUCCGCCGGCCCGUCCUGCAGCGCCAGCCUUCCAUCACACAGACCAUCAAGAGCGGAAAGAGGGUGCACUUUGAGCGGAUUAACACUGUGCCCAUUAAAGGGCAGCGGGCCGGCCGCCGUGUUCCCCGGAGGCGUCAGUCCCUGUCCAAAAUCUUCCUCAGGGGCACGGCGGACUGGUUCGGCAUCAGUAAGGACAGCGAUGCCACGCAGAAAUGGCAGAGGAAGAGCCUGCGGCACUGCAGCCAGCGCUACGGCAAGCUGAAGCCCCAGGUCAUCCGGGAGAUGGACCUGCCCAGCCAGGACAACAUCUCCCUCACCAGCACCGAGACGCCCCCGCCCCUCUAUGUGCCCUCCUCCCAGCAUGGCAUGCAGAAGAUCGUGGAUCCCCUGGCGCGGGGGCGAGCUUUCCGCAUGGUGGAGGAGGUGGACGGGUAUAGCGUGCCGCAGACUCCCAUAACCCCUGGCGCUGCCUCGCUCUGCUCCUUCACCAGCUCUCGUUCUGGCUUCAACCGCCUGCCACGCCGACGCAAAAGGGAGUCCGUCGCCAAGAUGAGCUUCCGGGCAGCUGCAGCUCUGGUCAAGGGCCGCUCGUUACGAGAGAGUACUCUACGGCGAACUCAGAGACGCAGCUUCACCCCCGCCAGUUUCCUAGAAGAGGACACGGUGGACUUCCCUGACGAGCUGGACACCUCCUUCUUUGCCAGGUGUCACCAACACCCCUUCCCUUUGCAGGACGGCCUUAUGCAGGAGGAGCUCUCCACGUUUGCAGACGAGGUGUUCGAGUCGCCCUCGGAGGCUGCCAUCAAGGAGGCGGAGAUGAGCAAGGCGGCAGACGAGAGCGACAUGACGGGCAGCGCGCUGGACAAGAGCGAGCUGGAGAGGAGCCACCUCAUGCUUCCCCUGGAGCGAGGCUGGCGCAAGGGCAAGGAGGGCACGCUGGUGCAGCCCAAGGUGCGCCUGCGGCAGGAGGUGGUGAGCGUGAGCGGGCAGCGGCGGGGCCAGCGCAUCGCCGUUCCCGUCAAGAAGCUGUUCGCCCGCGAGAAGCGGCCCUACGGGCUGGGCAUGGUGGGCAAGCUGACAAACCGCACCUACCGCAAGCGGAUCGACAGCUACGUCAAGAGGCAGAUCGAGGACAUGGACGAUCACAGGCCUUUUUUUACAUACUGGAUAACAUUUGUCCACUUGCUGAUCACGAUCCUGGCGGUGUGUAUUUAUGGCAUUGCACCAGUGGGCUUCUCGCAGCACGAGACUGUGGAUUCUGUUUUAAGAAAUAAAGGUGUUUAUGAAAAUGUCAAGUUUGUGCAACAAGAAAACUUCUGGGUUGGACCAAGUUCGGAGGCGCUGAUCCACCUGGGAGCCAAGUUCUCCCCCUGCAUGCGACAGGACCAGCAGGUUCAUGAUCUGAUCCAGAAGAAGAGGUUGAGGGAGCGCGAUUCUGCCUGCUGUGUGCGCAAUGAUCGCUCGGGCUGUGUGCAGACAUCUGAAGAGGAGUGCUCUACCACCUUGGCAGUGUGGGUGAAGUGGCCGCAGCACCCCAGUGCACCGCAGCUAGAUGGAAAAGAGCGUAUAUACGGGUCUGUUUGUCACCAGGACCCCAGAACUUGUCUGGAGCCAGCCUCCGGAUCCCCCCACGAGUGGCCUGAUGACAUCACCAAGUGGCCGAUCUGCACCAAGUACAACACAGGGAACCACACCAACCUGCCCCACAUCGACUGUGCCAUUACGGGGCGGCCCUGCUGCAUCGGCACCAAAGGGAGGUGUGAGAUCACGUCUCGGGAGUACUGUGACUUCAUGAAGGGGUACUUCCACGAGGAGGCCACGCUUUGCUCACAGGUGCACUGCAUGGACGAUGUGUGCGGGCUGCUGCCGUUCCUCAACCCUGAGAUCCCGGACCAGUUCUACAGACUGUGGCUCUCCCUCUUCCUGCACGCUGGGAUCCUGCACUGCCUGGUGUCGGUGUGCUUCCAGAUGACCAUCCUGAGGGACCUGGAGAAGCUGGCGGGCUGGCUGCGCAUCUCCAUCAUAUACAUUCUGAGCGGGAUCACCGGGAACCUCGCCAGCGCCAUCUUCCUGCCCUACAAGGCCGAGGUGGGGCCGGCGGGCUCUCAGUUCGGGAUCCUGGCCUGCCUGUUCGUGGAGCUCUUCCAGAGCUGGCAGAUCCUCGCCCGGCCGUGGCGCGCCUUCGCCAAGCUGCUGUGCGUGGUCCUCUUCCUCUUCGCCUUCGGCCUGCUGCCCUGGAUCGACAACUUCGCCCACAUCUCCGGCUUCAUCUCGGGCUUCUUCCUCUCCUUCGCCUUCCUGCCCUACAUCAGCUUCGGGCGCAUGGACAUGUACCGCAAGCGCUGCCAGAUCAUCGUCUUCCUGGUGGUGUUCGUGGGGCUCUUCGCCGGCCUCGUCGUGCUCUUCUACGUCUACCCCAUCAAGUGCGAGUGGUGCGAGCUGCUCACCUGCAUCCCCUUCACAGACAAGUUCUGCGAGAAGUACGAUCUCAACGCGCACCUCCACUGAGACCCGCCCCUGCCCCCGCCCUCCGCCCCUGCAACAAGGGUGAAGGAGAGGACAGAGAGGGAGCAACUGGGCUGGUGCUAUUCCCAAUCCCUGUCCAGCCUCUCCUACACCUCUACCAAGAAAGGCAGAAGGUGGAGCGUCUCCGGUAUCCUCCGAAACUGGCCCCUUCUGCAAACUGGCAGUGGCCCUUUUUAUUCCCCCGCAUCCCUUCAUGAGAACGUCAUGUAAUCACAGAGAUGUCUCCCCAAAACACCUUUUUAUGUCCCAUCAAUUAUGCAGUCCUCUGGAUACCUUCCAAAUGUCUCUGUAUCAUUGGACUCCAAGGAAUUCCCCCCCCAAAACCCUCUCAUAUCUAAAGGAAAAGAGGCAGACGAGCUGUCCCUGGACAGACUGAUACGUGACCCAGGAGCGGCUCUGUGCCCGAUAUCGUUUGAUGGUUUUCUAUUUAAUUUUCUAAGCACUUCGCAAAGCAGGAUUAGGUUUUAUUACUUCUUGGGAAACCUCAGAGACAAAACUCCACCAGGGGAAAAAAAACAACUAAAAACACCUUUGGUGCCUUGUUGAUAAAUGUACCAACUACUGCCAUAUUUUUGUUACACUAGAUUGAGCACUCAAAUGUUAACCUUUUAUUUGUUUACUGCUGUUGAAGUGGUGAUGAAUUGACAGAAAGGUAGUGUUUUAACUACCACCUACUUACUUGUAACUGAGAAUACAGCAAGAGCAAACCUCAC